AUGUACUCCGCCGGCUACAACUUUGGCAACAAUGCUGCUCCCUCUUUCAACAACCCUGCCCCACAGCAGCAAUCUGGAGCUCAGCCAGCCGCUCAACAGAUGAUGUAUAACCAGCAGCAGCAGUUCGCCGGUAUGGCUCCGCAGGGAGGCUUUAAUCCUGGCGCGAAUCCUCAAAUGAUGGCUGGUGGUCCUGGAGGUAUGAUGCCCAACGCAGGCAUGCAACAUAUGGCUGCCAAUAGUCAAAUGGCAGGAUUUCAGCAGCAAUUCUCCGGUAACCCGUACGGCCAAGUCGUUCCCUCCUCGGUCGCUCCUCAAAGCUUCACGCCAAACUAUAUGAUGGGUGGAGGCAUGCAAGGCUUUCCGAUGAACCAGGGCGGUAUGCCCCAACAACCCCAUAUGAUGCAGCGAAUGCAACAGCAACAGCAACAGCAACAGCAACAACAACAACAGCAACAGCAACAGCAACAGCAACAGGCACAAGCGCAGGCACAAGCGCAGGCACAAGCGCAGGCACAAGCGCAGGCACAGGCACAGGCACAGGCACAGGCGCAACAGCAGCAGCAGCAGCAGCAGCAGCAGCAAGCUGCUAACGCCGCUGGUAUGGGCCAGGUCUCUACUCCGCAGAGACCCCCAAGCGCAGCACAAGGGACACCAAACAAUGCCUUGCCAUCUCAACAGGGCCAAUUCCCGACUCCCCAGCAGCCACCGCAGAGUCAAACUCCCACAAACCACCAGCAACAGCAGCAACAACGACAACAGUCGCAACCUCCACAACUACAGCAGCAACAGCCCCAGCAACCGCAGGGGCAAAUGCAGGGACAGGUCCAGCAACAACAACCGCCUUCGGCUUUAACAACACCUCAGACUCCAACUUUCUCAAACCAGGGGCAAGCCGUGAAUGGCAGCUCAUCAGCCGCUGUACCACUAAGUCCUGGAACAGAAUCCCGCGACAAGGAACGUUUUGCUUUGUUAUUGGACAUCAACCAUGAACUUCUGUACGAAUCGAUUCAAAUCCAGGAGACGCAAAAGAAGUUGAAGAAAGAAAGCGCUGCGGCUGGAAUUCCGGGAGACAACAAGCCGUCAGAGGAGGAAGCGCAGCUACAGCAUGAUUAUCUUCAAUGUAUGAGGCGAUUGCAGGCAAACUUAUCUUAUAUGGCGGCACUUGCAGACCGAAAGCCCGAGGUUAAAGUUCCACCUUGCCCAGCAUAUCUCAACGCACCACCCCUAAAUCUUUCUGCCAAACUCCGGCCUCCAGAAAUUGAAGGCAUAGAGAACAAUAUCGACCCAGUGGCAGACCGCGAAGAGCGAAACAAUAGUAUUAAGGACCUCUACUCGAGAUUACAAGCCGCCUUUCCCGGGUUCGAUCCUAAGAAAGAGCCCGUUUUCCGUGCGAACGCACAGGGUGGACAAAAGCCUGGCAACAUGAUGGGAAGCCAGGCCAGUCCCACAGCUCAAAGGACACCAAAGAUGACCAAUAUGGGGGCACCUCCAAUGCCAUAG